AUGGAUCACUGGGCAACCACCAUGGAGAUGGAUAAGGCCCACCAAAAUCGCCUUUCGAGCGUCACAGAUGACGAGGAGGAGCAGGAUGCGGCCCUGACCAUCGUCCGGGUCUUGGACAAGGUGGCCGCCAUUGUGGACAGUGUGCAGGCCAGUCAGAAGCGCAUCGAGGAGCGGCACCGGGAAAUGGAAGAUGCCAUCAAGACCAUCCAGAUCGACAUUCUGAAGCUUGCGCAGGCGAACGGCAACACUGGCUACACAGUAAACAAGCUGCUGGAGAAGACCCGCAAGGUGAGCGCUCGCGUUAAGGAUGUCAGGGCUCGUGUGGAGAAGCAGAGCGCCAACGUGCAGAAAGUGGAGGCCAAGCAGGAGGAAAUGCUGCGGAAAAACAAGUUCCGCGUUGUCAUUUACCAGGAAGACAUUCCGUGUCCGUCUUCUCUAACUGUUGUCAAAGACCGAGGGGGAAGCUUGGAGGGUGCCUUCUGUCCCCCUGAUGAUCUUUCCUCUGAUGAGGAGUAUUACAUAGAAGAAAGCAGAGCAGCUCGUUUUAAAAGAUCGGGCAUGAGGCGCUUCAACAAUCUCAAAAAGGCUUUUACGAGCGAGAACAUUCAGAAAACAAGGCAAAACUUUGGCAAGAAGGUGGACAGGCUUCGGACUAGAAUAGUGACGCCCGAGAGGAGAGAACGGAUAAGGCAGUCAGGAGAGAGAUUGAGGCAAACUGGGAUAAGGUUCAAGAAGAAUAUAUCCAAUGCAGCGCCCACCAAGGAGACGUUCAAGAAGCAUAAGACGGCUAAAGAGCAAGCUGAAGGCCAAGAAGGCAUCCAAGAGUCUGGUGCUGCGACAGCAGGAGAAAGUGGCAGUGCUGAACCAGCCUCUGAAGAAGUUCCUUAUGCUGAAGUGAUACCCAAAGUGAAGAAGGACAAAGGCCCUCCGCAGGCACAGGAGAUGGCGGCAGCUCCUGAGAAGAUCGUGCUCAAACCGGAGACUAAAGUCAUUGUUCCAGAAAGCAUCGUGCUCAAACCAGAGGCUAAAGUCACUGCAAUAGCGAUCAGUCCUGAAAAGAUCGUCUUCAAACCAGAGGCCAAAGAGGAGGAAGAUGCCCUUCUUUUGGAUUUAAAGCAAUCAGCUUAA